AAACAGAGUUUAUGGCUAAAAAAGAAACGAAGUAUUAUCUUACAUCUGCAGCCUCCGCCACGAAGUUAUCGAAGUUUACUGAGUCGGCUCUGUUAGGCUCGAACUUGAACCCAGAGCCACUGGAUUCGGAAUUGCCAGUCUCAGAUUCCGAUUCCGAUUCAUCGGACUCGGAGCGACUAUCUUCAGUUUCCAAUUCAUCAGACUUGGAGCGACGAUCUUCAGUUUGGGAUUCAUCGGAUGCGGAGUCACUAUUUGAUCUCUCCGAAUCAGAGGGACUUUGCUCCGAUUUGAUAGCAGGUAUGGUAUUGCUACCGAAAGUGUCGACGUCCGUAGCCUCAUCUGCCGUGAGAUCAAUUAUCUUUCUCAUGUAUGGUCAUACGAAGGCCAUGCACCGCUAGAAGGCUAUUUUUGUUUUCCAUGGUGCGCAGCAACUUCACGCGCUGGCUUAGGUAUCCGAGAAGGCGUUCCAUAUGGCUCGAGCCUGAUCCCCAUAACCAUGAAUGAGAGAAAACUGAGACAAUGAAAAUCAAGUGAGCCCUUACAGUUCAAUAACAGAAGACGAGUUGGGACAGAAUUGAGUAAUCGACCUUGUGUUUUAUACGUACAAGGUCUUAAGAGCUGAAGGCAGGAGGGGUAAAGUGAGGUGCGAGGCAUGGGCUGU